AACAGCUCCGGCCAUAUCGCUCCCCUUUCAGGCGUUCCCUUUUCACGGGGGUGAGAAGCGUUUUACCAUCGCAGCAGCAACAUGUGAUGAACGUCGGCGCCAUGGACCCUUCAGCAGGAGCGUGCACGGCCGGGGGACGUGCGAAGAAGACGAUCACACUCACGGAGUUUUUAUGCAGUGGCAUAAGUGUAAUUCUGGAUCGCAUAGUAGUGCGGUGUGGGCUCUACGGGGACGUGGUUUAUGGAUGCUGGGACUAUGAGCAUCAGCGACAAACGGGGCUACUUACCGAGCCUGGGAGGCAGCUUCACUGAGGACGCGCCCAGACCUCCAGUCCCCGGGGAGGAGGGAGAGCUGGUCUGCAGCGAUGGCCACCAGCACGCCGGCUUCCCCUCCAAGAGCGGCAGCCUCAAGUGCGAGGCGUCCGGCGCCACGCCCAGGCGGCCCGACCUGGACCUGGGUUACGAGCCAGAAGGGAGCGCCUCCCCAACACCACCCUACCUGAAGUGGGCGGAGUCUCUUCACUCCCUGCUGGACGACGAGGACGGCAUCUCCCUGUUCAGGACGUUCCUCAAGCGGGAGGAGUGCGCCGACAUGUUGGACUUCUGGUUCGCCUGCAGCGGCUUCCGGAAGCCGAAAGCUAGCGAAGGCAACGGGGAGAAGACGGCGAAACUCGCAAAGGUUAUUUAUAAGAAAUACAUCCUGGACAGCAAUGGGAUUGUUUCCAGACAGAUCAAACCGGCGACCAAGUCCUUCAUCAAAGACUGUGUGAUGAAGCAUCACAUCGAUCCUGCGAUGUUUGACCAGGCCCAAACAGAGAUCCAGACGAUGAUGGAGGAGAACACGUAUCCUCUGUUCCUCAAGUCUGACAUCUAUUUGGAAUAUACUCGGACAGGAGGGGAGAGCCCAAAGUCGUACAGUGACCAGAGCCCUGUGUCCGGCAGCGGGAAGGGACGGCAGGAUCAUGUAUUCAACCCAGAUAUCGAGGCCUGGCGGUGCGACCAAGGGCCGGAGGAGCAGCCCGAGUUUGAGCCGGCGCCGAGCGGCGGGCUCGCUCACGACACGGAGUCACACCGGGCUGUCGGCGGCGCACGGUCGCAGGAGAGUGACAAGUGCAGGCAUGCGCUGCUCCCGCAGCCCGUCAACCCUGAGCAGGUCAUGGCUCCUGCCACCAGCGCCAACGACAGCGAGCAGCAGAGCAUGUCCAGCGACGGAGACACGCGUUCCCUCACAGACAGCAGCGUAGAUGGGGUUCCACCCUACAGAUACCGCAGACAGCAUCGCCGAGAGAUGCACGAAAGCGCCAAAGCAAAUGGGCGAGUGCCACUACCUCAUAUCCCACCGCCGAACCGGGCUCCCAGGGACAUCCACGUGGAGCCGGAGCGGUUCGCGGCGGAUCUGAUCCGGAGGCUGGAGGCCGUGCUGAGAGAGCGGGAGGCUCAGGAGAAGCUGGAGGAGCGGCUGAAGAGAGUACGGCUGGAGGAGGAAGGUGACGAAGUCGCGGCGUCUGCAGCCACUUCAUUAUCCGGUCACAGAUUCCCCCCUGGUGCCUACUCGCAGAACUACAGCUCCCGGUACGCCGACUUCACCUACAGUGCCCCGUUCUUCAGCGACGCUCACGAGGAGAACCCGGAGAGCAUCCUGGACGACCACGUCCAGCGGGUCAUGAAGACGCCCGGCUGCCAGUCGCCGGGGACCGGGCGCCACUCGCCCCGGUCGCGCUCGCCGGACGGCUUCUCGGGGGUCAGGGGGGCGGGGCCGCCGGGCCAGGGCAAGCAUCAGUCCAGGCACGGGUUCAAGGGGGAGGGCGGCCACCUUUACCACCACAAGCACCUGCAUCACCUUCACCAGCCGGGCGCCGGGAGGCCCAGAGAGCAGCCGGAGGCCGAGGCGGCCGUGCGCGUGCACGGCGGCUCUCCCUGGAGCGUGGAGACGAGUCAUUACGGCUCAAAGUCUCGCAGCUACGCAGACGGAAUGGGAUCCAACCCCAUGGAGCACGCCGGGUACGGAAACAAGAGUGGCUCUCAGUGUAAACGGGCGUUAAAGAAAGGUGAAGAAGCGCGACCUUACGACGUGCCGGGGUCGGUGGAGGAGAUGGAGAAAAACCAGAAGAUCUUGCUGUGGUUGAUGGAAGGACAGAAAGAAAUGGUUCAACACAAGAGGAGCCCGUACGGCAGCGUGUCGGGAUCCAAGAGGCCCACGGGCCACGACGCGUCCCGCCUCGGCUCGGCAGACCGCUCGGGCUUCAUGCACCCCUGCAUCGGCGGCCCGCUGCGGAACAACGUGCAGCCGUCCCACCCGUUCAUCCAGGACCCCACCAUGCCCCCCAACCCGGCGCCCAGCCCCCUCAUCCAGCUGGAGGAGGUCUGCCGGCGGCUCGAAGAGGAGAAGAUUAAGACCGGGACUCUUCAGCCGAAGCAAAGGUACGUGAUGGAGGUGAUCCAGAGAGGUCGCACCGCCGUCAGGCCCGCUCAGUGUCCUCCGCUCAGCGUGGUGCCCGCCGUGUCGGACAGCGAGUUCUCCGAGCCGGAACAUAAAGCCAGUAAAAAGCAGCCGUGCGAAAACACCACGGUGGCGUACUACUUCUGCGAGGAGCUGAUUCCGUACAGGACGACUGUCAGAGGGAGGGUGGUCACGCUGGGACAGUUCAAAGAACUGCUAACAAAGAAAGGAAAUUACAGGUAUUAUUUCAAGAAGGUGAGCGACGAGUUUGAGUGCGGGGUCGUGUUUGAGGAGAUACGGGAAGAUGACGCCGUCUUGCCGAUCUUCGAGGAGAAGAUCAUCGGGAAAGUGGAGAAAGUGGACUGAACAGGUUUUGGAGCUGGAUAUGGACAAAAU